GAUAUCCUGUUGAACCUUCUUAGGAAUUCAGAGAACUGCCAGGUGACCACUGAAAAAAGAUCUCGUCGCAUCCACCACAUCAGAACGAUGUCCUACGUUUUUGUAAAUGAUUCUUCUCAGACUAACGUGCCCUUGCUGCAAGCCUGCAUCGACGGGGACUUUAACUAUCCCAAGCGGCUUCUGGAAAGUGGCUUUGAUCCCAAUAUCCGUGAUAGCAGGGGCAGAACAGGCCUUCACCUUGCUGCAGCCCGCGGGAAUGUAGACAUCUGCCAGUUGUUGCAUAAAUUUGGUGCUGAUCUUCUGGCCACAGAUUAUCAAGGGAACACAGCUCUUCAUCUCUGUGGUCAUGUGGAUACUAUUCAAUUCUUAGUUUCCAAUGGACUCAAAAUUGAUAUUUGCAAUCAUCAAGGUGCUACACCCUUAGUUCUGGCAAAGCGCAGGGGCGUGAAUAAAGAUGUUAUCCGAUUGCUGGAAUCUUUGGAAGAACAGGAGGUAAAAGGAUUUAACAGAGGAACCCACUCAAAACUGGAGACCAUGCAGACAGCUGAGAGUGAAAGCGCCAUGGAAAGCCAUUCCCUCCUCAACCCCAACCUACAGCAAGGUGAAGGCGUCCUGUCCAGCUUCCGCACCACAUGGCAGGAGUUUGUAGAGGAUCUGGGUUUCUGGAGGGUUUUGCUCUUGAUCUUUGUCAUUGCUCUGCUGUCUCUUGGUAUUGCCUACUAUGUGAGUGGGGUGCUGCCCUUCGUGGAAAACCAGCCAGAACUGGUGCAUUAAAGGAGCUCAUGGAAGAUGGGGCACACGCCUGUUUCCCGGCGUCAGUGUUUCUCAGUUUCUCAAAGUUGUUCUCUUAGUGCAAGGCAGUGAGAGGUGUGUACCUUUUUUCCUUUUUGGAUAUUGUAAUCCUUUUAGAAUGACAUGUUCAUUUGAACUAUCUACAUACUGUAGUCAGUAUACUGCAUCCUAAAGCUACCUGUGACUCAACCUGACUUCUUAGGAACACACAGCCUUGUGUGAUAAAAACAUGGAAAUGACUAAAGAAAGAAAGAUAAGGGAAGUCCUUGCUAUGGAAACCUAACUCUAAUAUAGGACCAACUGAAGUGACGUGUUCAAAAAGAAAAAAGGUUUCCUUGUAUGGUUAGUUUUGGUUGGUGGUUUUAUUUUGUUUUUUGUUUAUUAUAGUCGUGGAAUAGAGGAGAGAAUGAAAUAUUCAGCUUAAAACUUGAAGUGCUUUUUUCAAAUCCCACAUAGUAAAUCAGUAUUGUUGAACCUGUUUGGUUUAUUUUAGUACUUUCAAAGUUUAGUCACAAACCAAAUAGAACUUUUGAAAGUGAGCUAUAUUUUCUUCAAAAAUUAUUGAUUUGAUCUUAUAUUUAUUUGUUCUUAGGAUAAUUUUGUGUUUUUGUAUGUUUGUUUGUUUUUGUAAACUGCUUUGCUUGUUGUAAUGUGUGACAAGUGAACUUGUUUACUUUUCAAUUUCCCCUAGACUUUAUUUCAAGGACAGUCUGUUCAUCAAAAAUAUAGUCAGAAAACUUUUUCUGUUCAGUAGUUAGCAGGGGAAAGUAACUGAUAUUUAAUGGUUACUGUAAUUUUGUAGUGCUAUUAGGAUAGUGGAAAAUUCAGUUCCAUAAGCUUGCCAUGUUGUCACAAUUGUAUUGUAGUUCAUAUUUAUUUCAUUUUAUGUGCAGCCCUUGUAGAGGCCCUGUAGGAUUGUCAUAACAAUUUUCAGCCAUGUCAGUAAUUCUCUGGAGGCAAGAACGGAUGGAGUAUGUCUGAGUUAACAGCUCAACGCGAUUGUACUGGGUGUCAUAAAUGUUUUAUGAAUGGUAAUAUUAUGUGAAUUGAAAUUUGGCUCCUAAACGAUAUUGAAGCAUUCUGCAGUAUGAUUGAAGGCCUCUUUUGUUAAUGAUUCUGUUAUGUAUAAAAAAUGUUCUUGGGCUAUUAAAAAAGAAUAUGAAGACUUGAUAAUUGUUCAUUGGGUAUAGUCAGAAAACUAUAAUGAAAGAACUAAUGGUUCUACUUUUUAGAACAAAGACUUCUAAGCUACUGCUAAUUGAAUUGUUGCUAGAAUUCAAACUUUUAGUUUAGAAUAGAAUUAGUAUUUCUGUGAUUCUUGUUGCUUCUUGUUAUUAGCUUUUUUGUAUUUACAUAUCUAAGACUGAGGAGGCUUUAUCCUCCCUUUCUUGUGUCUCUUUCCUCUCUUAAAGAGCUGUUUUAAAAUUCCUGAUUUAUCUGGCUGCUUCAGAGUCUUGCUUUUAGGUUAGAUAACAAAAUAAACCUUACUUGAUGUAAAUACAAGAAAAACGAUUUUAGAACAGAGAACACUAGAACACUAGACAUCAAAGUAUAUUCAUAAUGAAAGCUGUGGAACUAGCUUUACAUUUGUUUGUAAAUCUAAACAGAUAUGCAAAUUGGCUAAAUAUAUAUGUACAUAUGUUGCACUUUUAUGUUUCCUUUUAAGUACUGAUUUCUUUGUAUUUUAUUCUCUGCAUUCAGAAUUUAGUGACACUACCAAUAAAUGUAAAUAUAGUCUCUUAAUCACAAUCCAA